AUGUUGGAGCUUGAAUUAGAGAAACGAACACACAUUAAAUUUAUUGUUAAAUUUGGCAAGAGUCGAAGCGAAAUCAGUAAGAAGUUACUGCAAGUUCACGGGGCAAAUGCUAUGAAGAAAGCAGCAGUUUACAAGCUGGUGACACGUUUUUCUGAAGGAAGAGAAAGUGUCACUGACAAAGUGAAAUCAGGACGGCCAGCAACGAGCAGAAUUGAAGAAAACUUUGCAAAAUUCCAUCAAAUUGUGCGUAAAAAUUGUCAGCUGUCUGGCAGGAGCAUGCCACAGCAAGCAAACAUCAACAGAGAAAUAGUUGGGAAAAUCUUAACGGAAGAUCUUGAUAUGAAGAAGGUGUGUGCAAAAAUGUUCCCAAAGGACCUGCUCACACGGCACUGUUGUGAGGGAGCUUUUAGCUAA